UUCUUUAAUUUUUUUUAUUUUUGCUUUAAUGUUUUUGUUAUUGUUGUUAUUUUGAUUAGUGAACAACAGGAGGAAGGAAAAGUAAAGAAGAAAAACAGAACAAUUUUUUUAAUAAAAAAAUGUUCUUGUAAAAAAAAAAUUUUUAUUUUGGUGGCCGAUUUUUUCUCGGUUGAGUUGAUAGUAAAAUAUUCUACUCGAAAUAACAACGUGCGUUUUUUUUAUUUUCUUAUAAAAUUAAUUUUACAUGCAAAAAUUGUGUUCAAUGUAUAUAUAUAUAUAUAUAUAUAUUAUAAUAUUUUGUUCUCUUAUUUAUAUUAAUUACCAAAAUUUAUUAAUUUAAAUAUAAAUUUUGGAAAAAAAAUUUUUAAAAAAUAUUUAUAGUACAACCCGGGGGGGUAGUGAGCCCCGCGUCAUAAUUUACGAAAUAUUUUAAAAUAAUUAUUUAAAAUUAAGUAAAUAUUAAAAAUAUAUUCAAAAAUAUUAAUUUUAUAGAAAAAAAAAUCAUAAAAAAAUUAAUAACAAUGCUCAAAAAAUAAAGUGUAGGUAAAUUAAAAGAAAUAAUUACUUAAUAUUAACAAAUUUUUUUAUUAAAGUGUGUUUUGGAUUGUAAUUUUAAAAAGAUAUUUUAAAGAAAUACCAGAAAAAAAAGCAAAACAAAUCCAAAAAAAUGUUAUUAAAGUGUGCGGGAAAAAUAUUUUAAAGAAAAUUGGAAAUGCAAUAUGAAAAACAAAAAACAAACAAUGAAAAGAUGAAAUAAAUUUUCUCAAUCUCGAAAUUUAAUAAAAAAAAAUUAAUAAGAAAAAUGAGGAAAAUUUCAAAUUAAUUUUGAUUUUGAUGAUAAAAAUAAAAAAAUUAAAUAAAUAAUUUAAGUUUCUGAAAAAUAUUUAAAAAUAUUGAGAAAGGAAAAAACAUAAAAAUUAAGAAAGAAAAAUUUUAUUUAAAGUUUUUAAAUUAAAAAGUUUAAAAGAAAAACAGUGUUUUUUUUUAUUUUUAACUCCGUUUACUUCCUUUUCCCUUUUUUUCAUAUUUCUUGUUUUCCAAAAAUAAAUUAUAAAUUGAAAAAAAUUAAACCUUUUUUAAAUUUUAUUAAUUUCUCUAUAUAAGUUAAUGUUUUGGUUUUCUCGUAUAAAUUCUCCACCCGUCGCAGAAGAAAUUUUUUUCCUUCUCCUAAUUUUCCCAUCCUCCUUACCUCCCCUUUUCUGUAAUAAAUAAGACAAAAUGACAAAAACUCAGUAAAGAAUUCCGUGUUUUCCGUUAUGUGUGUUACCGUCGUCAUUUUUUUUGUUUGUUUAAUAUUAUGUGAUGUGCUCUCAAGAAACAAAUCAAGAAAGGAAUAUAAAUAUCAAGUUUAAAUUUUGUGAAUUGGGCAACGUAUUAAAUUUUUCCAUUUAAUAUAAUUAAAUUAUUAAUUAAAAUAAAAAUAACAAAAUAGUAAAAAUAUAAAUAUUAUACUAAAGAAAUAAAAAAAUAAACAGGGAAAAGAGGAAAAUGUUUUGAUUUAAUAUUAAAAAUCAUCGUAAAAAGAAUUAUUUUUAAAAUAAACACGAAAUAAUGAUGAAUCUUUUUAAAAUUUGUUAAAAUUUUUUUCAUAAAAAAAAACAAAAAAUCCACUGGAAAAAAUAGAUUUAUAAUAAUAAAAAAAUAUAACAAAAGAUAAAUCAAAAAAAUUAAUGAUAAAAUUUAAUAAUAAAAGAUAAAAAAAUUAAAAAUUAAAACUACAAAUAAAUUACAAUAAAAAUAAUACAAAAAUGUAUUUAAACAGUUUGUCUGUAUAUGAAAAUGAGCAUAUAAUGCAUGGUCAUGGAUCAGUUAGUCAGAGUGCAUUAUUUGGCUGUUCUGCAGCUGGUCAUAGUGGCAUUAAUCAAUUAGGCGGUGUUUAUGUAAAUGGACGUCCACUACCUGAUUCAACACGUCAAAAAAUUGUUGAAUUAGCGCAUUCAGGCGCUAGACCAUGUGAUAUAUCGAGAAUAUUACAAGUUUCAAAUGGAUGUGUUAGUAAAAUCUUAGGCAGAUAUUAUGAAACAGGAUCAAUAAAACCACGGGCUAUUGGUGGUUCAAAACCACGGGUGGCAACAACUCCUGUAGUACAAAAAAUUGCUGAUUAUAAACGUGAAUGUCCUAGUAUAUUUGCUUGGGAAAUUCGUGAUCGAUUACUGUCGGAAGCAGUUUGUAAUAGUGACAAUAUACCAAGUGUUUCAUCAAUUAAUCGUGUUUUAAGGAAUUUAGCAUCACAAAAAGAACAACAAGCUCAACAACAGAAUGAAUCGGUUUAUGAUAAGUUACGUAUGUUUAAUGGACAAUCAGGUGGUUGGACAUGGUAUCCAAGUGGUGCAACACCAGCUCAUUUAACAGCAUUGCCACCAACGCCAGCAAGUAAUUUAACUGGUCAAAUAACACGUGAUGAAUUACAAAAAAGAGAUAUAUUUGUCAGUGAUAUAUCCCAUCCGAAUUCCCAUGAAAGCACAUCAGAUGGUAAUUCUGAUCAUAAUUCCUCUGGUGAUGAGGAUUCACAAAUGCGGCUUAGACUUAAAAGAAAAUUGCAACGAAAUCGUACAUCGUUUACAAAUGAACAAAUCGACAGUUUAGAAAAAGAAUUUGAGAGGACCCAUUAUCCAGAUGUUUUUGCGAGGGAACGUUUAGCUGAAAAAAUUGGUUUACCAGAGGCACGUAUUCAGGUAUGGUUUUCAAAUCGGAGGGCGAAAUGGCGUCGUGAAGAAAAACUAAGAACCCAAAGAAGAUCAGUUGAUCAUACCGGUACAAAUACAAGUAAUGCAACAUCAUCAGCAACGAAUAAUAGUGGCGGUAUUGUUGUAUCACAACAACAAAAUAAUAGUGCAAGUGGUAAUGCAGGUAGUAAUACACCAGGCGGUGGUGGUGGCGGAAGUAGUACAAGUAAUAAUAAUAAUAUGAAUGGAGGGCAAAAUGGAUCGUCAUCAGAUCAACAACAACAGCAGCAACAACAAAAUGGAACAAAUAAUACAAAUAGCGGUCCUGGCAAUACACCCGGUAACAAUGGCAUUGGUGGUGGAAAUGGUGGUAAUAAUAGUGGUGCUGUUACUGGUACCGGUAAUAGUGGUGGUAAUGGAGGUAAUAAUAGCAAUGGUAAUGGUGGUAAUAAUAAUGGCAAUGGUAGUGGCAGCAAUAAUGGAGGUGGAGGUAAUCCAUCUGGUCAUUCAAUAAGUCCACCAAUACAAGCAGCUGCUCCACGUUUAGCCUUAAAUUCUGGUUUCAAUUCAAUGUAUUCAUCGAUUCCACAGCCAAUUGCAACAAUGGCAGAAAAUUAUAAAUAUGAUACAAUGUCACCAUCACUGGGUUCAAUGACAUCAUCUUGUUUACAACAAAGAGAUACUUAUCCAUAUAUGUUUCAUGAUCCGCUGUCAUUGGGCUCUCCAUAUGCAGCUCAUCCUAGAUCAACAUGUAAUCCAGCUGCAGCACAUCAACAACCACCAUCCCAACAUGGAGCUUACGGUAGUUCAUCUGGUAGUGGUAGUACAGGUGUUAUAUCAGCUGGUGUAUCAGUACCAGUUCAAAUACCAUCACAAUCAGCUGAUUUAAGUGCGAAUUAUUGGCCAAGACUACAGUGAUCAACGCUAUUUGGAUUUCCUAAUCAAAUGUUGGCAGCAGCAGCAGUUGCCGCAGUAGCAUCAGUAUCAGUUACAUCAGUUUCAUCAUCAUAUACAACAAAACAACCAUCAUCAUCAUCUUUAAUAUCAUCUCCAUCAUCAU